CAGGAGCUCCGCCGAAUUUUUGUCAAAGCCGACGUCGCGAGUGCAAAAGCCGCAGAGCCCUGAGGACCAGCAAGACGAAACCCCGGACCUCAGCAGCCAUGUCGAGGUGCCAGCAGGUCGGAAGGGCGGUUGCGACAUGCCUGCGGCAGCAGCCCCUCGCGACUCGGCCGUCAAUGGCUGCCGCCGCCCGUGCCUUUUCGAGCACCACUGGGCGGCCUGACGACGCCCCCACCACCGCCACCACGACAACGGCAGAGGAGAAAAAGAAGUCGGAGAAGCCAGAGCCGGCGGGCGCAGGAAGCUCAGGGGGCUCACCAUCACCAACUGGAGCGACCAAGCAGGCAACGGCGGGCAAAAAGUCUAAGAAGGAGGCGCCUAAACAGGAGCCCCCCACCAGCAGGAAACCAAAUGACACCGAUUUUAAGCGGCGCAUGCUGGACCCUGAGGUGACGACGCUGCGCUGGGCUGAGAAGCUGCUUGUGAAGCGGGGGACGCCGCCCGUGGGCUCGCGCCGGCGCAGGGUGGCCAUCCGCACGUCGCAAAACAUACCCUUCGACCAGCUGCCGCUGCAAUGCUUCCAGGAGGCCCGCAAGAUCCUGGUCGCCGACCGCCAGGAGAAGUUAGCUCAGAUAGCGGCCGAGAUGGCCAAGAUCCGGGCCCUCGCGAAGGCGGAGCCACCAAAGGACCGCGAGAACGGCGAGCACGGCAGGCAGCUGCGCCUGGCCAGCCUGCGCGAGUACGUCGAGCGCCUCAAGAUCCUGGCCGACAUUAACGACCCAGAGGUGAAGCGCAGGUUCGAGGACGGGCUGGGGGACAUGAACAAGCCCAUCUACCGGCACCUGGCAGAGAAGAAGUGGCGCUCCUACGCCUUGAAGCUGAUCAAACAGCGCAUCGACCAGUACUACAUCGUGCCGGACCUGCUGCCCAAGUUCGAGCCCAACCUGGACGUGCAGCUGACCUUUAGGCAGCGCAAAGUCUCGCCCGGGGACAUUGUCGACAGCUUAAUAUCCGAGCGGCCCCCGACCCUGCGCGUCCAGUGCUUCACGGGCGGCGAGCGCCUCGUCACCGUCGCCGUCGUUGACUCGGACGUGCCGCUCGUCGACGAGGACGGCUUCGCGCGCCGCUGCCACUUUCUGGCCGCCAACAUCCCCCUGCACCCGACCAGGCCCCUGCUGCCCCUAGGCCAGAUCCGUGAGAGCGGCAGCGGCAGCGGCAGCAACGGCAGCCUCGCCGUCCCCUGGCUCCCCCCUUUUGCCCAAAAGGGCUCCCCCUACCACCGCCUCUCCGUCUUCGUCCUGGACCAGAAGGACAACAAGCCCGUCGACGCAAAGGCCCUGCGCGACGCCUACGGCGCCCGCGACGGCUUCAGCAUCAAGUCGCUGCGCGACAAGUUCCCACUCGUCCCUGCCGGCUUCACCCUCUUCCGGGCCGUGUGGGACGACCACACGGCCGAUGUCAUGGCCCGCCACGACAUCCCCGGCGCCGACGUCGAGCUCAGGCACGCCCGCGUCCACUCCCUCAAGCCGCCCCGCAAGGCCAGGGGUUGGGAGGCCAAGAGGCAGGGGCCCAAGUACAGGCACCUGUGGAAGUACACCCACCGCAUCGGCACGCCCAAGCGCAAGUUUGUGCGCUGAUCGGGGGCGACGACGACGUAGACGGAGGCGUGCUGCUGCUGCUGCUUGCCACUCCUGUAUACUAUUACUAUUCAAUAAAGAGAACUAAAAGCA